GUGAAAGAAGAAGAGAAGGAAGGAGAGUUCAGAGUGAAAGAGGAGAGGGAUGUUACCAAAUAUUUGUAUAUCUGUGAUGUAGAAAAAGAGGAGACAGUUUUUGGAGUGGAGGGGGAGAUAACUGUCACGUUGAAAGAAGAGGAGGAGGAGACAAGAGAUCUGAUUAACACCAGAGAGAGACCAGACACUCACUCUGAUAGUGGGAAGAGUCCUUCAGGGGAACCAGACCCAGAGAUGCCCAAACCAGUGAGACGACACCACUGCUCCCACUGUGGAAAGUGUUUUACCAAGUUACAGAACCUAAAACAGCAUGAGAGGACGCACAAAGGAGAAAAGCCUUUUCAUUGCUCCCAGUGUGAAAAAAGAUUUUCACGAUCACAGGACUUAAACAAACAUGAGAGGACACACACAGAAGAAAAGCCCUUCCAAUGCUCCCAGUGUGGAAAGGGUUUUACCCGGUUAGGAAACCUGAAAGAACAUAUAAUAAUACACACAGGAGAGAAGCCUCACCACUGCUCCCAGUGUGGAAAGAGUUUUAACCGGUUAGGGAAUCUGAAAAAGCAUGAGAGAAUACACUCUGGAGUGAAGCCUUACCAGUGUUCCUAUUGUGGAAAGAGUUUUACCCAGUUAGAGAACCUGAAGGAACAUGAAAGGACACACACAGGGGAGAAACCCCACCGUUGCUCUCAGUGUGGAAAGGAUUUUACCACGUUACGAAACCUAAAACAGCAUGAGACGAAACACACAGGAGAAAAGCCUUUCCACUGCUCCCUGUGUGGAAAGAAUUUUACCCAUUUAGGGAACCUGAAAAAACAUGAGAGAAUACACUCAGGAGAUAAGCCUUACCCCUGUUUCCGCUGUGGAAGGACUUUUAGGUGGUUAGGGACCUUUAAGCAACAUGAGAGAAUACACACAGGAGAAAAGCCUUUCCAAUGUUCCCAGUGUGGAAAAGGUUUUACCCAAUUGGGUAACCUAAAAGUUCAUGAGAGGACACACUUAGGAGAAAAGCCUUUCCAAUGUUCCCAGUGUGGAAAGAGUUUUACUAUGUUAGAGAGUCUAAAAGAGCAUGAGAGAAUACACACAGGAGAGAAGCCCUACCAAUGCUCCCACUGUGGAAAGAGUUUUAGGGGUUUAGGGAACCUGAAAAAACAUGAGAGAAUACACACAGGAGAAAAGCCUCACUAAUGUUCCCAGUGUGAAAGGAGUUUUAACCAGUUAAAGCACCCGAAAUCACAUGAAAGAACACAUUCAGGAGAGAAGCCUUUCCACUGCUCUCAUUGUGGAAAGACAUUUUAAUUCCAGUGCUUUGAUUUCGCAUAUUUAGAAUUUGGGACAUUUGACCCAUAGACUUGUCUGUAACUUGGGAAGAGAGAGGUUGGAGCUUUUCAUUCCGGUUACAAACCCAGUUCUUUCUCUUCUCUUAAAACAUAUGGAUCCAGAACUGAAUCAAGUGUUAUGAACCCAGUUUUGUCUUGGGGCCCUAUUUGGCCCAGUUACAUGUGAAGCUCUGGUGAACUCCAUGCCCAAGAGGGUUAAGGCAGUGCUGGAAAAUGAUGGUGGCCACACAAA